AUGGGAGGGGGAAGAGGAAGGUCUAGAACUCAAAGAAAACACUUUCGUCAGGGCAGAGAGAAUGUUUGGAAACGCAGCAAAGUCGAUUCUCAACAAGAACAAGAAGGCGAUGCCGGGAACAGCAACCCUCCUUGGGAACCUUUCGCCACCCAAAACCCCUCUUUCGAUGAAUACUACAAG